AUCUCUCAGCCAACAGUCAAUCAGCUCUUAUUGUGACAGAGACUUCCUGUCUGUCUCAGUUGAUGAAAGUCCGCAGAUAAGAGUCUCGUUAAAGCACAAAGACUGAGCCUGAGGCGUAACCAUGGUAACUGACUCACAGUGGCUAACGAGGAGUCACUUGACGAUGACUCAGACAGAAGCUGGACAAAUUCACCUGUUCAGGUUUAAUUCACUGAUGACCUCAUCAACACUUAAUGAUUUCAUGCAUGCCAAUCAACAGCUAAUAAUCAGCUGAUUGAACCAAUCAGAGCAGCGACAGAUGGAAAACAUGAUGUCAGGUAACUGGUCCGUCUUGAGGCUGUCAUCACUGGCCCCACCCACCAGCUCUGUAGCCCUGCCCCCUCCCAACAACUCCCACUUCCCCCCGCUGACGGACUGGGAGGCUCCCAGCUUCACCCGGGCCGCUCAGUUCCGUGUCGGCGCCACCUUGGUGCUCUUCCUGUUUGCCGCCUGCAGUAACCUCGCCCUAUUGGCUAGUGUGUGGCGUGGCCGUGGGCGGCGGCUGGCGUCUCACCUGCGUCCGCUGAUCCUGAGCCUGGCAUCAGCCGACCUGAUGAUGACGUUUGUGGUGAUGCCUCUGGAUGCGGUGUGGAACGUGACGGUUCAGUGGUACGGAGGCGACGCCCUCUGUAAGCUGCUCUGCUUCCUGAAGCUGUUCGCCAUGCAUGCCUCUGCCUUCAUCCUCGUCGUCAUCAGCCUCGACCGCCAGCACGCCAUCCUUCACCCACUGGACGCUCUGAGCGCACACUGCAGGAACCGACGCAUGCUGCUGCUGGCCUGGAGCCUCAGCCUGCUGCUCGCAUCACCACAGCUGUUUAUCUUCCGGGCGAUCCGGGCGCACGGCGUUGACUUCACCCAGUGCGCGACUCACGGCAGCUUCAGCCGCCGCUGGCAGGAAACUCUCUACAACAUGUUCCACUUCAUCACGCUGUACAUCGUCCCGCUACUGGUGAUGAGCUGCUGCUACAGCCGCAUCCUGCUGCACAUCAACCAGCAGCACCUGCAGAACAAAGGUGAGUCGUACCUGCGGCGCAGCGGCACUGACAUCAUCCCGAAGGCUCGGAUGAAGACUCUGAAGAUGACGGUGGUCAUCGUGCUGUCCUUCGUGGUGUGCUGGACUCCGUACUACCUGCUGGGGAUCUGGUACUGGUUCCAGCCUGAUAUGCUGCGCGUCACACCUGAGUACGUCCACCACGCCCUCUUCGUGUUCGGGAACCUGAACACCUGCUGCGACCCCGUCAUCUACGGCUUCUACACGCCGUCCUUCAGGGCCGACCUCGCCGCCUGCUGCCGGAGGACGAGGAGGGACGCCGACGCCUCUCCACGCUCUCUGGACCGACUGUCCGCCCGACAGUGUCCUCACAGCGGGGAGAACGAGUCGGACCCCGCCACCAACAACCAGGCUGCCGGAGACUAACCAAUCAGAGGACGGGAGUUCAAUGAUGUCACUGUCUGUAUCUGAACACUGUGAGUCUGAAAACCUGAACCAGACUCCAUCAGCUGCAGGUGGAUCAGGACUCUGGAGUCUCUCUGCUCCCUGUUGGCAAAAGUCGCUCACUGCAGCUUUAAAUCUGUCGAUAACAUCUGUUAAUGAUUCUGCUUUUAAAAGAAUCAAAUCAAUUAAAGUGUAUAUUUGUAAAAUUAUGUUUUAUUCCUGUUCUUUGCUCACUGUCUCAUCACCCUGAAUCCUCUACACGCUGAGCUCUGAUUGGUCAGUUAUUCUCUCAUAUGUUCAUAUUGAAUUGUGAAGUUUACGGUGAUGUUCAGCUUUCAGUUGAUUGCAGAAAAGAAACACUGAAGAAGAACCAUGAUGAUGUCACAGAUGUGAUGAUGUCACAGAUGUGAUGAUGUCACAGAUGUGAUGAUGUCACAGAUAUGAUGAUGUAAACAUACUGACUUGCGUCGACACUAAGAGCCAAUCAGCAGCUGCUACUGUGAUGAUUCUGAGCUGAAUGACCGUCAGCAAGAUGAUUGAUUAAUUGGAAACUGAUCAUCUUCGGUCUCGUUGGUUUCUAGAUAUUCAGGUUCGUCUCUUCUCUUUAAAGCUCUUCAGUCUUAUUUCUCUUUCUGUGUUUAAUCAUCAUUCUUUUUAUUAUUAUUUCUAUGUUGUA